AUGGCUGAUCGAAAUUCGCUGGUAGCAUCAGGGGCCCUGGUAGGGGCCCAGGGAGGAGCCAAGCCUUAUAACCGACCCAUGCAGCCAGGAAGGACCUUUUGGAGCACCCUUGGUUUCUACACAUCGCCUCUUAAGGCCAAAGAAGGGGUAGGGGGCCGGAGAGCGAUCCGUAACGCAAGACCUGUAAUCGGUGAGAAAGCCAAUGAUACAAAUUACACGACGUUUAGCCACCCAUUACGCCUGGGCUCAGGGGUAAAACACCCGGAACAGGGGUGGGACGCGAUUGACGACGUCAAGACGAAGCCCCCAGACCAGCAACAACUCAUCUUCGCCCGCGAAGAGCUCAAGGACGGUUGGACGCCGUCGGACUACAACCCAACCAGCCUUGGAGUACAAAGAGCGUCGAGACGCAACCCCCAUUUGAACGCAUACCGCGGCAAGACCCACGCUAAGUAUUUACCGUUAGAUCUCCCAUUCAAGAUUCUUCCUUACGGUAUUCUCGGUGACCUGGCUUUCAAGCUAGAGCCAAACUUGAGUAACCCUAACUUCCGUUGA